ACUUUUGCAGUUAACUUGUAUGUGUUUGCAGUUGGUAGAGUGCUUUCUGGGGUGGGUGUAGGAGUUCUAUCGACUAUGGUGCCGUCCUAUCAAUGCGAAAUUAGUCCCAGCGAAGAAAGAGGCAAGUUGGUGUGUGGAGAGUUCACGGGAAAUAUCACUGGUUAUGCUCUCAGUGUAUGGGCCGAUUACUUCUGCUACUUUAUUCAAGAUAUAGGUGAUGCAAGGGAGAAGCCUCAUAGCUUCUUUGCCCACUUGUCCUGGCGAUUGCCUCUAUUCAUCCAGGUGGUGAUAGCGGCUGUUCUCUUUGUUGGGGGAUUUUUUAUUGUCGAGUCACCUCGUUGGUUAUUAGAUGUAGACCAGGACCAACAAGGAUUCCAUGUAUUAGCGUUGCUCUAUGAUUCACAUCUAGAUGAUAACAAACCACGUGAAGAGUUCUUUAUGAUCAAAAACUCCAUCUUGUUAGAAAGAGAAACUACACCUAAGAGCGAACGAACUUGGAAACAUAUGUUCAAGAACUACAUGACCCGAGUGCUUAUAGCUUGUUCAGCACUUGGCUUUGCACAGUUCAACGGCAUAAAUAUCAUUUCGUACUAUGCCCCCAUGGUAUUUGAAGAAGCAGGCUUCAACAACUCCAAGGCUUUACUUAUGACAGGCAUCAACUCUAUAGUAUAUUGGUUCAGUACGAUUCCUCCGUGGUUUCUCGUGGAUCAUUGGGGUAGAAAGCCAAUUUUGAUAUCCGGGGGUUUAUCUAUGGGAAUAUGUAUUGGUUUGAUUGCGGUGGUAAUUCUACUAGACAAGUCGUUCACACCGUCUAUGGUUGCGGUAUUGGUGAUAAUCUACAAUGCAUCUUUUGGCUACAGUUGGGGUCCUAUCGGAUUCUUGAUCCCGCCGGAGGUGAUGCCAUUGGCAGUUAGAUCGAAAGGUGUUUCUAUUUCUACGGCUACAAACUGGUUUGCCAAUUUUGUUGUGGGUCAGAUGACGCCAAUUCUACAGCAGAGAUUGGGCUGGGGAACUUAUCUAUUCCCGGCUGGUAGUUGUAUCAUCUCGGUGAUAGUGGUGAUUUUCUUCUAUCCAGAGACAAAGGGUGCAGAGCUAGAGGAUAUGGACUCUGUGUUCGAGAGCUUUUACAACUACAAGUCUCCGUUCAAGAUUUCACGAAAGAGACACCAGAAUGAUGGCCAGGCGUACCAAAGGGUAGAGAACGAUAUCCGCCACAACGAUGUAGAAAUGGACGAUUUGGACGAUUUGGAC